CUCGCGCGUGUGUGGUUGAUGUGCCCAUUUCACCCGCACUGAUUGAGUGUCUCGCAUCCGAGUAAUAUAUAUGUACACACACGUAGCUAGCUACGACAGACAGACCGCCCAGUGGACUGGGCGGACACCAAAGCGUCGCAUAAGACUUGCCGGCACGGCAUAGACAUGGCCAUGCCAUGGCAUGGCAUCAUGGCAUGGACACCACGACAUUGUUUGUUUAGAUACACUCACGCAGACACCACACACGCAAUUUGCAAUUUGCGAUAGAUAGCAUCAAUCAACACAUCCAAGGCAGGGAGGCCCAUCAAAACCCUGCUGGAAGGCCUUCCUUUUCUUCCACCCACCCACCCACCCACUAGAACAGUGUCGCAUGCGAUGUCUCUCACACCUGCGAUUGAUACAUACAUACUGAGUGUGCAUCAGCACAUGAAACGGCUUGAAAAAGACGCUGAGCCACUUAGCAAAGACUUUCCCCGCCUCGCUGCCUGGCCCCCGCCACGCCAGCCCACAUAAUCACGUGCUUACAUGGAUGCCCACAUCUGCGAUUCUCAUCUCACCAAUCAUGCCCAUCUGUCUGUGUGCCUGCCUUCCUCCUGUCUGUCAAUGAGCUGCGUGUGAGGCCUCCCUGUUGGCCAAAAAUCGCAAUUCCAAAGGAUCAAUCACAUAUCUGCAGCAAUAGUUGGGGAUACACCCCACUCGAUCUGGGCACGAGGGCUCAUCCACGAUGGUGUAGUUAGUGGCGGCGCCCUCCACCAUGUCGCAGCUGCCCCCAGGCGGCAGCAAGCACGAGUCAGUCAGUACCACAUCCUUAGUGUCACUUUCGUCCUCCUCUGCCCAAAGGCGCCGCCGCCUCCGAUCCCGCCCAUCAAAGGGAGAGGUCCUGCCAACGAUGUUCCUUCCACCACGCCCUCGCCAACCUCCUCCGAAGAUGAUGUCUCUGCCUGAUCUGGGGGGUCGGAUGCGACCCCCGCCGCCAAUGGGUAUGCGUGAGUCGUCGUCCCUGCCGCCGAUGAGCGGCGGGCCGAAAACGGGACUGUCGUCACCGGGGAGGGGAUUCCGACCCACUGCACGCAUCACAUCACCACAGCACACACACACCUGGUGUCUGUGAGUGUGCUGUGUUGUUCACGUACCGCAUAUGAAAGUGCCGGUGAUUCUCCACUUGCACUCCCUGUUGCAGCAGUCGCUGAGAUAUCUGCAUGUGGAGCCAGUCGGCAGACACCGGGGGGGUGGGGGGCGGACCGGCACGAUGGGAGGUCGGACAACAGGCGGCGGCACGACGGGCGGUCGGAUGACGGGCACCACAGGGACAGGCGCAGGUGCGGGAACAAUCGGCUUGGGCGGCUCCGGCAGCGUGUCAUUGUCGCGCGGCAGGGUGUCAUUGCCAGGGAGUGUGUCAUUCCCUGGCAGUGUGUCGUUGCCAGGUGAGGGCAGCGUGUCGUUGCCGGGCUGCACCGGUUCUAUGACUGGCUCGGUGUCGUUGGCUGGUGGCUCUAUUACUGUGUCGUUGUCGUCUGGUGGGAGAGGCUUUAUUGGCUCUUCCUGCGGCGGGUCCGGGAGGACGGGCUCGGUGCUGUUGCACAGCUGACACGUGGAGGCGAUACACCUGGCAGUAAUGGAGCAGUAGGUGCUGACCCCUGACACACAGAGAGAGAGGCCGACGGGCGGACCAGACAAACACGUGUGGUACUGCAAAUCCUCUAGAGUAUGCUGUCUUUGCCCGCUCACCGCUGCAGAGUAUCCCGGAUGAGCAGCUGCAGGCCGCAGAUGAGAGGCUGCACGUCUGGGCUUCGGCAUUCGUGGCUGCCAACGCCACCACAGCGAGUGCGGCCAGCAGACCCUGCAUCGCCUUGCCCCCCUUAAAGUUAACUGGG